AUGGAAGCGGGGCCAGGUGCCAGUGCCGUGGGGCCGUUUGGAUCCUGGGAUGCGUCCCAAAUCAUGGGUUUGAAAAUCCCUACUCCCAAUUCUGGCCAUGAAUUCCUGGAGUCGCUUAUCGGCUCUCCCAGCGAAGGCCCCACCGCACCCUUCGCCCGCGCCGUCAGUGCUGCCGCCGCCACCAGCGCGAGCGCGAGGGCGAGGAGGCCGUUGAAAGCGGCGGGAGGAUUUGGGGAGGCGAGAGGGAGGCGGCGAGUGAUGGCGAGGAGCGAUGGCAGGGGGUUGGUUGAGAGGGUGGCUGUGAUGGGCGUGGUGGCGGUGAUGACGAUGGUGGGGAGCGACGAGGGCCUCACGAAGGGCGGUUGGGCGCAGCGCUGCUUCUGGCGCAGCAGCGGCUGCAGCCGUGGCUUCCUCCCCAUCAUGAUGGCGCACGCUGUUCCCCUUGACCCCACCCAGUGGCCAGGGCUGCGAGACAUGAAGGCGCAGUGGAGCAGUAUAACUCCGAGCAUUACCGACACGUGGGUGGAGGACGCUGACUGCAGCAAUUACAAUAACGUCCACUGCAACGCUGCUGGCUUCGUGACACAACUAGACUUAACUAACAGAAGACUUACAGGCUCGCUUCCCGGCACCAUUGGUGUCUUCGUCAAUCUUCAAUACUUCUACGAGACCUUCUGGGUGGCUUAUUGA